CGAGUUACAGUGUUUAGCAACAUCAACAAUAAUUUUAAUAUUAUUCUUGGUUUAAGACGAAUAUCGAAUUUAAUUUCUUAACAUUGUACUAAAGUUUGGUUCUAGCAGACUCUGAAUUUAAUAAAUUCGGUAGAAUUUGUUACUCCAUGUUUACAGCAAAGUAAUCUUUUGUCUGAUACUUUUUGUUUCAAUUCCACAUAUAUUUUUUAUAUAAAGACAUCACAAUAUAUUCCAUAUCCUAUAUGAUAUUCUGUAAUGAUCCUAACUCUUCAAUUUCGAAUAAUAUAUACAGAGAUACAUAUGUAGAUUGUAGUUAAAGUAUGUAUGAUCUGUAUAUUGCAGCUGUAGCAGUCAAAUAAUUUUUACGUUUACUGCCUCGUCUCGUUGGUUAGACACUAUAUAUAAGCAUAAUCUACAUAACCUCUUUAUUUGUACACUAAGUAACAAUUUUGUUGAUGUUAUUGAUCAAUGAAAAGACUAGACCGAAAAUAAUACGUUAAUAAAGACAACUUAUUGUAUUUGAAUUUCUAUUUGCGCAUUUUUGGUGCUUAAAUAACGACUGUAUCAUUUCACUAUGAAGAUAAACAAAUUUAUUUAUCAUGUAUGGUCGCUUAAUAGAAAUUAUAACAGUCAAAUACUCAUAAGGCAACAUUUAUAUUAUUUUAAUAGAUUUUAUUCUACAAACUCAGAAGUUACCAAAGAAUAUGAUUUACCAAUAGAAAAUAUUCGAAACUUUAGCAUUGUGGCACAUGUUGAUCAUGGUAAAAGCACACUUGCUGAUAGACUUCUGGAAAUAACAGGUGCAGUGAAAAUUAAUUCUGGUGAACAAAUAUUAGAUAAACUACAAGUUGAGAAAGAACGUGGAAUCACAGUUAAAGCACAAACAGCAUCACUUAAUUAUACAUAUAGAGGAACUAAAUAUCUUCUUAAUUUAAUAGAUACACCUGGUCAUGUUGAUUUCUCUGCUGAAGUACAUCGUUCAUUAGCUCCUUGCCAAGGAGUAGUUCUGGUAGUAGAUGCUAAUGAUGGUGUACAAGCACAAACUGUGGCUAACUUUCACUUAGCCAUGAAAAAUAAUCUAGUUAUAAUACCAGUAAUUAAUAAAAUAGAUUUAAAAUUUGCCAAACCUGAGAGAGUUGUAAAUCAGUUAGAAACAUUAUUUGAUAUGACAGAGUCGGAUGUUUUAAAAAUAUCUGCUAAAUUAGGUACUGGAGUGCUUGAAGUUUUAAAUGCCAUAGUAGAAAGAAUCCCACCACCUGAUGUAUGUAGAGACAAACCAUUCAGAGCUUUGAUAUUUGACAGUUGGUAUGAUAAAUAUAAAGGAACAAUUUUAUUGAUAUAUAUUAAGGAAGGAUCUUUGUCCCUUAAACUACAUAUUGUUUCAAUGUAUACUAAGAAGUCGUACGAAGUUAAAAAUAUGUCACUAUUGAGACCUUCUGAAGAAAAUGUAAAUAAAUUGUUCGCAGGUCAAAUAGGAUGUAUUUCAUGCAAUAUGAGAUCUUCCAAGGAAAUGAUUAUUGGAGACACAUUACAUUUAAAAGAUCAUGUUGCUGAACCUUUAUUAGGAUUUAAAACUCCAAAACCAAUGGUUUUUUCAGGCGUCUAUCCAAUUGAAAAAUCGCAAUUUGAAGUUAUGAGAACUGCUAUUGAAAAAUUAACAUUGAAUGAUAGUAGCGUUACUAUUGAAAUGGAAACUAGUGUAGCUCUUGGACAUGGUUGGAGACUUGGAUUUUUAGGUUUACUACAUAUGGAAGUAUUUAUGCAACGACUUGAGCAAGAAUAUGGUACAUGUUCGAUUGUGACAACACCUAGCGUUACAUAUAAAGCAAAAAUUUUUGGCAAGAAAAAUAUUAAAGAGUACAAAACUGAUAUGAUUUCAUUCAACAAUCCUGCAAAGUUUCCUGAUCCUAACAUUGUAGAAGAAUUUUAUGAACCUAUGGUAUUAGGAUCUAUUAUAGCACCAACUGAAUAUGUGGGUACUGUUUUAAGUUUAUGCUUUGAAAGACGCGGAGUGCAACAAACAGCAAAAGAUAUUGGUCAUAAUAGAACACUGUUUCAAUUUUUACUGCCUCUGAACGAAAUUAUUGUUGACUUCCAUGAUACAUUAAAACGAGCAACUUCGGGGUAUGGUACUUUUGAUUAUGAAGACCAUAAUUAUCAGCCUACAAAUAUUAUAAAG